ACCUGGACAGAGGGAGCGAAGCUGUGACCUGGAGAGCCUGGUGGGGACCUGGGGAGCGCCGGGACAGUGCUGGGGGACAGGGGAGGACACUGGCGAAAGAGUGAAAUGGAGACGGGGCCAGAUGGAAGACUAGGGCAGCCUUGGGGGGUAGUGGAUGGUGGAUGGAGGAGCAGAGUGAAGCAGGGACCCGGCCGGGGACUGGGGCUCUGGGGUGGUGCAGAGGUGACAUCUGAAUGGGUGGACUGGAAGCGUCCUCAGAACUCAGGAAGCAGGUGGUGGGAGCUGCCCCCUCUGCCGCUUUGGGACCCCAGCUGGGUAUUCACGUGGUGCUCAGCGGAGCCCCUUCCUCCCAAGCAGGAGUCAGCACUGAAGUCCCUGGGGACAGAAGGCCUCUUUCUCUUUUCCUCCUUGGACACAGACCGGGAUUUGUACAUCAGCCCGGAGGAGUUCAAGCCCAUUGCUGAGAAGCUGACAGGCUCAGCUCCUGCUGCCAGCUAUGAGGAGGAGCUGCCCCUUGACCCCAGCGAGGAGACGCUCACCAUAGAAGCCCGAUUCCAGCCUCUGAUCCCGGAGUCCAUGACCAAGAGCAAAGAUGGGUUCCUGGGGGUCUCCCGCCUGGCCCUGUCCGGCCUCCGCAACUGGACGACUGCGGCCUUGCCGAGCGCGGUGUUUGCUGCCCGACACUUCCGGCCUUUCCUUCCUCCUCGGGGCCAAGUGGAGCUGGGGGAGCCGUGGUGGAUCAUCCCCAGUGAGCUGAGCGUCUUCACCGGCUAUUUAUCCAACAACCGCUUCUACCCACCACCGCCCAAGGGCAAAGAGGUCAUCAUCCACCGGCUCCUGAGCAUGUUCCACCCUCGGCCCUUCGUGAAAACCCGCUUUGCCCCUCAGGGGGCUGUCGCCUGCCUGACCGCCAUCAGCGACUUCUACUACACCGUCAUGUUCCGGAUCCAUGCCGAGUUCCAGCUCAGCGAGCCACCUGACUUCCCUUUCUGGUUCUCGCCGGGCCAGUUCACUGGCCACAUCAUCCUCUCCAAAGAUGCCACCCAUGUCCGAGACUUCCGGCUCUUCGUGCCCAACCACAGGUCUCUGAAUGUGGACAUGGAGUGGCUGUAUGGGGCCAGUGAGAACAGCAAUAUGGAGGUGGACAUUGGCUAUAUCCCCCAGAUGGAACUGGAGGCCGUGGGCCCGUCGGUGCCUUCUGUGAUCCUGGAUGAGGAUGGCAACAUGAUCGACAGCCGCCCACCCUCAGGGGAGCCCCUCCAGUUUGUCUUUGAGGAGAUCAAGUGGCAGCAGGAGCUGAGCUGGGAGGAGGCUGCCCGGCGCCUAGAAGUGGCCAUGUACCCCUUCAAGAAGGUUGCCUAUCUGCCAUUCACCGAGGCCUUCGACCAAGCCAAGGCCAAGAACAAGCUGGUGCACUCAAUUCUGCUGUGGGGGGCCCUGGAUGACCAGUCCUGCUGAGGUUCAGGGCGGACUCUCCGGGAGACUGUCCUGGAAAGUUCGCCCAUCCUCGCCCUCCUUAAUGAGAGCUUCAUCAGCACUUGGUCUCUGGUGAGGGAGUUGGAAGACAUGCAGAACAACCAGGAGAACCCAUCCCACAAGAAGCUCGCAGACUUGCACCUGGAGAAGUAUAGCUUCCCCGUGGAGAUGAUGAUCUGCCUGCCCAAUGGCACCGUGGUCCACCACAUCAAUGCCAACUACUUCUUGGACAUCACCUCCAUGAAGCCUGAGGAUAUUGAGAACAACGUCUUCAGCUUCUCGUCCACCUUUGAAGACCCGUCCACGGCCACCUACAUGCAGUUCCUGAAGGAAGGCCUUCGGCGCGGCCUGCCCCUCCUCCAGCCCUAGUGUGGCCUCAGACCAUGAGAGGCCAGGCUGGACGGGGUGGGGGGGAGCUGAGGCGAAGGCCUCCAACACUGAAGACAGGCCCCUCGGGCUCAGAGCCAGCGGUCCUGGCACAUUUCAAACUUCGGGCACCCCCACCCCGCCACUCCCAGGCUGCCUGUGCGGUCGGAGGUCAGUGAAGGGUCAGAUAAGGGGGUGCCUGGGGUGACCGGACGGAUGAACCUCUGACUCCAGCUGCCACCAUUAGCCCUUUACCACCCACGUGGUUCCAGAAGCUGCUCAGGACACCAGAAACGGGACCUCAGGUCAUCUCCCUGGACCUCACCCACUCAGGCACGAAGCCCAGGUCCUUGUGGGGUGAAGAUCCGGGAGGCGUGGUGCCAGGAAGACAGGGCGCCCCUCUCUCCUUAUAUUCACCGCCCCCCUCCCCCGAAAGAAACGUUAAGAAGGCCCGGACUGGGGGCUGGGGAGAGGUUGCCAGGGAAGCACUCUUGUUUGUCUGGAGCCUUCUUCCUGGCUGCCCUCCUAUGCCUGGUGUCCCCAGGGGAGUCAGUUUUAGCUGGAGACAGCCUUCUGGAGGCUCAGGGAAAAACCCUCCAGAAGAAGUCACUGUACCCCAGACCUCAGCUCUCCAGACCACUCAAUCCAACCUAAUGAUAGGACCCCAACCCCUGAUUUGGGACUUGGCUGGAAGCCAGCUGCUUGGGGAGGUUCACUGUGAAGUAGGCUUCUGCUCUUAGCAAGGGAGUCCACUGAGGAGUUUCCGAGGCCCAGGGCCAAGGCACCCCCACCUCCUACCCAGCAAGGGUCACAGUAGGACUACUGGAGCCAGCCCCCUGCCCCUCAGGCCCCAGCGCCACAGAAGUGUAGCUCAGCCAAAGAACACAGCCUCCCCCAGAGCUGUCAGGGCAGCCCAGACCCGUGUGCCCCCCACCGAAUGGCCGUUGACCUUGCUUGGCCUCUCUUAAGGCCUUGGUCUAUGUCCCAAGCCACUGACUACAGCCAGUCUUUUUUAUACCUGCAGAAAAGUGUUUUUACGUGAAGUUUCUCACAGUUUGUAGAUAUUUUUGAUAACCCCAACACUGAGGAGAAAGAAGGGGCGGUGUCUUCCCCCAGCAGCAGCCCCAUGAUGGCUGGAUCUGAAAUCCUAGAUGGGCCCAGCUUGAUGUCUUUGCAGCUGCACCUAUGGGAAGAAAUAUUCCUCUCUUCCUUUUCUUCCAGCUUUUUAAAAAAGAAAGUCACUGUACCCCCAACCCUAUCCUUGUCCUCCACUCAGGCCCAUGAGGGUCCCUGGGCUUUCAUUAAAGCCUUGGAGCCAAACCUCCCCAAACCCUGCCCCACAGGGGCUCACUCUUAAGCCUGGAAGAGGAAGGCAGACACUUGCUCAGACCACUCCCGGGCCUCCCAUAUGCUGAGUACCCCUGCCUGCCAUUGAAGUAUCCAUACCGAGCCUUCUCUCUCGGGCACUCUGUUAACUUUACUUCUAUUUUCUCAUUUAAUCCUCACAACCUGUGAGGAGAUAUUAAUCGAUCCCAUUUUGCAGAUGAAGAAACUGAGUCUCAGGGAAGUGAAGUGACUUGCCCAAGGUCACUGAGUGGUAGAGUUGAGAUUCAGCCUGUGUCUUGAUUUUGGUGUUUUCGUUUUGCACUGCACCCCCACCUCUCUCCCCUGCCCAUUUUCACUGAGGUGAAAAAGUUCAAACCAAAAUGUCUCAGUCCCCUCUGAUCCCCAGACAAAAUGAGGCAUGAGCCAGCAAGCUCAGCCAAGUUCUUUGUGUCCUUUCUGGGAGGCAGUGCUUCUAUGCCCCUUAAAGGGAGGGAGGGCACCGAAGUCUGUCUCAGUGCUUCCUGGGGUGGGUGGUAGUAGCCAGUCCCAUGAGCCACCCAGUGUCAGCAGAGACUCCACCUCCCUACCCCACCCGGCAGGCUCUUCCCCUCCAUGGUGGUCCAGGAGGGCCCACCCCACACUGUGCAAUCCUUGUCCCUUGUAAGGCGCUGGUUGCUUGGGCUUUCUGAUCUUCAUCUCAUGCCUUUUCCUGACCGCCCCCCCCCCCCAACUGUGCCUUGAAGCUCAUGGUGGGGGAGGGCCCUAGCUGCCCUCUUGUCACCCCUCUGCCACUUCUCUCCCCUGUCCACAUGUCUUAUAAUAAAAUUGGAGAGACUAGG